AUGAUGCGUUCAAUCGCUAUCUCGUUAGCACUCUGUGCGGCCUCCACUUUAGCUGUCACAAUCGAUACAGAAGGUCUUCCCGACACUGGACUUGACACUUCAGCAUGGACAGCUGGAACCCUCCCGCCAAUCGAAGACCUCGUUGAUGCAAACGACUUCCAAAUCGCCGCCAAAAAUGUACUGUCCACCAAGAACUAUGCUUACUAUCGCACCGCCGCUCUGGACGAAGUCACAUACAACGCCAACAUGUUUGACUGGGAGAAGAUCCGACUGAAUGGUUUCAGCUUCACCGAUGUGUCCAACAUCAACACAAAGACAAGCAUCCUGGGACAUCAAUUUGACGCACCAUUCUUCAUUGCUCCUGCGGCAAAGGCCGGCUUUGCGAGUAAUGGCGCUGAGACCAAUCUUGCGAAAGCGGCCGGUGCUGCGAAUUUGCUAUACGUGCCUUCAAUCUCUUCAUCGCAAUCGAUUGAGGAGAUUGGCAAGGCAGGUGUCAGUGGCCAAGUCAUGUUCCAUCAGGAAUACAUCUGGUCAGACACAGCGAAACUCCAAGACGAGUUGACACGCAUGGAGAAGGCAGGCUUCAAGGCCAUCUUCUUAACGGUAGACAACACAGGAGUCAACGGUAUCAGAGACCGCUACCUUCGCUUCUCCGCAGGUGGCGAUGCCGGUCACAGUUCCUCAUUCACCAUCGAUGCAUUGAACAAGCUCAGAAACAUGACUUCUCUUCCCAUUGUACCCAAAGGCGUCAAGACCGCCCACGACGUCAAGCUCUGCGCUGAUCUAGGCUUCCCUGCCGUCUACAUCUCGAACCACGGUGGUCGUGUCGUUGACUUGGCACCCACGGCCGUCGAAGUGCUGCUUGACGUGCACCGCCUAUAUCCCGAAGUUUUCGACAAGAUCGAAAUUUACGCUGAUGGAGGUGUACGUCGCGCAAGUCACAUCAUCACUUUAUUGGCUCUGGGUGCUCGAGCAGUGGGCUUGGGUCGUGCACCCAUGUAUGCCAAUGUGUAUGGUCAACAGGGUGUCUCGAAGCUUUUGGACAUCAUCAAGAAGGAGUUGACUACAGAGUUGGCAUUGAUUGGCGAAGCCGACUCGAACAAUGUUCGGGGAAACCGGACUUUUGUCAACACUCGACGAGUUGAGCUGGACUUCUUCGGUGCCCCUUUACCUUGA